ACUGUUCCCAACUAUCACCACUCCAUAAGCCACCAUGCAGGUGUUCAAGAAAUUAAAGGACAAGAUCAAGGGAGACGAAAGUUCUUCGAAGCCCUCCUACGGAACAGAUCAGCAUAAUCUCAUGUCGAACAAUCCCUACUAUCAACAUUCUCAGCAGCAACAGCCGCAGCAGCAUAAUAUCGCACCGACGGAGAAGUAUCAGGCUCCUCCUGGUCCGCCCCCAAAUCAGGGGUCAUCUUCUUCAAAUACUCAGUAUACUGCCCCUCCCGGACCUCCACCGAGUCUUCAGUCUUCAGGGUACGCGCCUCCUUCAGGUCCGCCUCCUUCUUACCCACAGCAACCGCCUCCGAGCUGGGAACCUCCACCAUAUCACGACUGGACAGUGAUUCCCGAUACGGCACUUCUACCUCCUCCGCCAUCAAUGGGUUAUGAUAGUUCGCCAACUGCAAACGCGACUGCAGAAGAGGGCGACCGUGCGUUGGAGUGGACAAACACGUAUCCUCUCUGGCCGCCGCAAAAUCUCCAACCUAGCACCCACGCUGCAAUCCAAAACGGUCAACUUGCUCUGCUGAAACCACCGUUUUGCGCCGGUGACAUCCGUCCGCAGCCACAAGCAGGCCACUGGACAUGCCGUACCCACGCCAAAUGCCGUGACUCAAGCAUUCUUACCAAUCUUCCGAUGUACAGUGUGUUUUGGGACUCACCGCUCAACACCCAGCGGUCCAAGACCAUCUACUUCGAACUCAAGGUCCUCAACAUUGGAAGAGGCGGCUUUUCUCUGUCGGAAGCAGACGCCGGCAUCGCUAUUGGCUUUGUCGCGCCCCCGUAUCCCACAUUUCGUCUUCCGGGCUGGGAGCGCGCCAGUCUUGGUGUUCAUGGCGAUGACGGCCGAAAGUACGUCAAUGACGCAUGGGGCGGCAAUGAUUUCACCACUGCGUUUAAGCCGGGUGAAACUGUUGGUAUCGGCAUUACCUUCUCUGUUCCGAGGAAUCCUCCGUCAUAUGAACAGUCGCAGCAGGGUGUAAUGCUGGAUAUCGAUGUGUUCUUCACGCGUAACGGAGUCAAAGAGGGUGGCUGGGAUGGCAAUGAGGAGCUUGAUACGAGGAGUGUGGGUGGUAACACUGGGCUGAGAGGAGAGUGUGACUUGUUUCCUGCGAUUGGUGUGUUCGGCGGGGUGGAUUUUGAUGUCUACUUCCACCCAUCUCAGUGGCUUUACAAGCCUUAUUGA